AGGGGCGGAGCAACGGGAAUACGUGGCUGCGGGAGCGGCGGCUUCACGGAGAAGUUACCCGGUGCAGUCAUCUAACGAUGGGGGAAAAGGCCCGGCCCCAGUGCUACUUUGAAGUUGAAAUCAAUCGGGAGCCAAUCGGCCGUAUUGUAUUUCAGCUCUUUUCUGAUGUUUGCCCAAAGACCUGCAUGAACUUCCUGUGUUUGUGUACAGGUGAAAAGGGAAUCGGAAAAGUCACUGGGAAAAAGUUAUGUUUUACGGGCUCCACGUUUCAUCGCGUGGUUAAAAAUUUCAUGAUACAAGGAGGAGACUUCAGUGAAGGUAACGGAAAAGGAGGGGAAUCGAUAUACGGCGGUUACUUUGAAGAUGAAAACUUUAUUCUCAAACAUGAUCGCGCGUUCCUCUUGUCUAUGGCAAACCGUGGAAAGGAUACCAACGGGUCACAGUUUUUUAUAACCACUAAGCCGGCGCCGCACCUUGACGGCGUCCAUGUUGUUUUCGGACUCGUGAUUUCAGGUUUUGAGGCGAUAGAGCAGAUCGAGAACCUGAAAACCGACGCGGCCAGCCGGCCGUACGCUGAUGUUAGAGUGAUAAACUGCGGGCUCGUGGGGGCCAAGCCAGCCAAAGAUGUCUCAGAGAAGGUUAGGAGAGUCUCUUCUCGUUCGGAGGAGUCCAGUUCCAAGUCCUCUUCUCCUUCGUCUUCCUCUUCCACCUCAGAGUCUUCUUCAGAGAGCGAAGCUGAAAGAAGCAGGAGGAAAAAACGCAAGAGAAGAAGCAAAGUGAAACACUCGAAGAAGAGGAGGAAAGACCGUGCCGUCAAGGUGGAGACCCGAGAGAGAAGGGCACCAAGUCUGCGCAGCACUCAGUCUGAUAAGAACAACGCCGAGGACUCCGUGUCUCGCAGGGAGAAGCUCGUCGUGCGCCCAGAAGAAAUCCCACCCGUUCCUGAAAACAGGUUUCUGUUGAGAAGAGACGCUCCUGCUCCAAAUCCAGAUACAGAAACGAAGUCUGUGAAUACGGAGCCUCCGCAAACUGACCUGCAGAAAUCUUUACUUUCGAAGUCCGGGAGGAAAAUUAGAGGAAGAGGCACAAUACGAUAUCACACGCCACCUCGAUCGAGGUCUCGUUCGGAGUCGGAAGUCGAUGAUGAAAGCAGCGAGACUCCCCCUCACUGGAAGGAGGAGAUGCAGAGGCUGAGGACCUACAAACCUCCGUCCGGGGAGAAGUGGAGCAAAGGAGACAAACUCAACGACCGAUUGUCCAGUCACUGGGAUGAUGGUAACGUGUCUCCAAGGUCGACUUCAUGGUCGCAGGAUGGCUACCACUCUGACGAUAGUCCAGAACGCGCUUCCCGCUCUAAAACGAGCAAGAAAGAUAAAAAGGUAAAACGCAAAAAGAAGUCCAAAAAACUGAAACAUUCCAAGAAACAUAAACCAACUAAGAAGAAUCAGCCACCCACGCCAAAAGCAGAGUCCGCACGUUCUUCAAGCAGGAGAGAGAAACCUACCCAAGAGCAGAUUAAAGAAUCUGUAUCCGGAUCAUCUAGGGAAUCUUCCAAAAAAGACUGGUCUCUGUCCGAUAAAGAGCGAGGCUCUUCGGCCCGUUCUAGCAAAGAAUCUCGUCUUGGUUCUAGGUCCAGAUCAAGGUCUGUGUCAAGGGUAAGCUCGAGAUCCAGAACAGCCUCCAAAUCCUCCUCACGAUCUAGAAGCCGCUCCAGAAGUCAUUCCAGAAGCUGUUCGCGAACUAGAUCCAGAUCAAGAAAACGGGCCAGGUCUCGAUCGAGAUCAAUGUCACGACCUCCAGCUUCUCCUAAAUCCAAACACAUGAGAAACGUCUCUCGUUCCCCAAAAACUAAAGAGUCGCCUUUAGCAGGAAGCAAACUGGUUGGAAAUACGGAAACGGUAAAGGCGACGCAGCCGAUUGAUAAAGUCGUUUUGCCGUUCGCGGUCGCUGAUAAUAUUCCUGUCAUGCCCUUAAGCGACAGUCCGCCGCCUUCCAGGUGGAAACCUGGACAAAAACCAUGGAAGCCGUCUUAUGAAAGAAUCCAGGAAAUUAAAGUCAAGGCCUCCGACGUUCUUCCGGCUCAGAGUAAACACGCCGCGGUAGAUAAGAAAUCGGGUUCUUACCGAAAGCGGCAGUUAAGCUCGGAAAGCGAAAGCAGCGGCUAUUCAGGUAGAAGCUAUCGCCGCAAAUCCAAAAUCCGAUCCUCGAGAGGCAGAUCCUACAGCAGAUCCUACACUCGUUCAAGAAGCCGUAGCAGCUCCGGUUCCAGAGCAAACCUCUACUCGGAUUCAUCGAGCUCGCGGGACCGAUCCUCAUCUUACGAUUCCGAUGACGAAAGGCCUCGGAGGCGGGAAAAGCCUUCCAAGGAAAAGCUCGAGAGUCACUCCAAACGCCAAGGCCAGAAGAAUAAAGGAAAGGUGUCCAGUUCUGCAAAAAGCACAGACAGCGACUCAAAUUCAGGCCCGUCCUCGGACAGCGAAAAGGAGAGUUACAGAAAAAGAGGAAAAAAUCAAAAUGGUGCAAGAAACACUCAAACGAACGUUAACACCAGAGAAUCGGACGGCGACCAAAAAUCGAGACCUGAGGAGGUUGGUGAUGCUUCGCUUGCAGUUAAUUCAGAAAUCAAAGAAGUAAUCGGGGACCAAGGAGCGAAAAGCGAAGGGAUGAAAGAAAGUACGCUCGCUCCGGUCAAAGAGACUUCCAACAUGGAGGGCUCUCGUAACGUAGAGGAUGCUGCCGUCUCCUCUGGGAAGGAAGAAGGGGAGGCCAGUUCCGAGUCCGACACCGAGGCCAUAAACCAGUCAAAAAUGGUGGCUACUUUGUCUCCGCGUGCCUCAGAAGAUAAUACCGAAAAACAAACCCGAUCUACACCUUCCAGGAGCUCGAGUCAGGAGAACGAGAAAGGCAAAUCCAAGAAACACAAGCAUCGAUCCAGUAAGAAGAGGGCAAAGAAGAGCCACUUGAAGAAGGCGAAGGAGAAAUCCAAGAGGAAAAAGCAAAAGAAGCACAAAGUACCGAAAAGGAAGCAGGUAUUUCACUGGCAGCCUCCGCUGGAGUUUGGCGAGGAAGAGGAGGAGGAUGCGGUGAACGAGAAGCCUAGUAAUCUGAUCAAGCGGCAAGACGCGGUCCAAGGCAAAGAAAGCAGUCCCGUGAAUAAAAGCGGCAAAAACAGCAUUUCUCUGGGAGGCAACGAGAAAGACGCGGAGCAGAGUAAAAAUGAGACCUCGGAGACGUGCUCUGGGAAGACAGAGGAGAAGGAACCUGUGUUCUCGCUGAAUAAAAGCCAGACGGCUCCUGGAAAAGGAGCCCAGAACGAUGAAAUCAAAGUGCGGACCCACAAUCGCUUACUUAAGUUGGAAAGAAGUUCCCCCGGACAUACGCAAACAAGUCCUGCCCCGGGGAAGUCUGAGCAAACCUCAUCGUCGGGCGCGACGUCCGUCAAAGGGGAAAGCACAGAAGCCAAGACUGAGCGGGCCCCGAGUCCUCCGGCGGUAGCCGCAAGCACAACGAGCGCGGAAAAGGGCACGGCUGGAAGUUCAGACCCUGCGCCCGUUGACCACAAAUGGAAACCCGUGCAGGGACAGAGCGUUCUGCAAAUGCUGAGAUCGUCCGGCGCGCCGGCGAAUCCCCCGACGGGGCCAGAGAAAAAGCCCCAGGGCUUCCGGAUCGAGAUUAAAAGCAAAAGCAGGGUAAGGCCGGGGUCGCUUUUCGAUGAAGUCAGGAAAACUGCCCGCUUGAACCAGAGACCUCGAAACCAGGAGAGCUCAAGCGAUGAAGGUUCCUCGAGCCACCGGGAGAAAAGCCCCGCCAGCUCUCGAAGUAAGUCCAGGUCGGUGUCGAGCCGCAGAACGAGGUCGCGUUCCUACAGCAGGUCCAGGAGCCGAUCGCACAGUUACAGCUCUUCGUCCAGGUCGAGAAGCUAUACAAGAAGCCGCAGUAGACGUCGUCAUGGAAGCUACAGAUCACGCAGUCGGAGCAGGUCCUAUGGAAGCUAUAGGAGCUACACCCGAACCCACAGUAGAAGUCGUUCGCGGAGUGCUUCCUACGAACGCCGGAGGAGGUCGAGGAGCCGAUCCCACACUUACGACAGUUACUACAGCAGAAGUCGGAGCCGCACCAGAAGUCCGAGGUAUCGCCGGUCCCGUAGUUACGACAGGAGGUCCAGCCGGAGUCGGAGGUCCUACACGUCGUACAGCGGCAGCGAUCGCAGUCACAGCCGCCACCGGCACCGCAGCUGAAGAAGCCGGCGUCCUGUUUAUAAUCUUUUGUUUCAUUUGUUUGUUUUUUUUUAACCCGUUUUUGGGAUGUCACCGAGGCGAACAUGA